AUGAAGACCCCAUUCGGGAAGACAACUGGCCAACGGUCCAGAGCUGAUGCAGGCCAUGCUGGAGUAUCUGCAAACAUGAUGAAGAAGAGGACAUCUCCCAAAAAAUAUCGGACCAGUGUGGGACCAAGCAAGCCUGUGUCCCAGUCCCUGCAGAACAUCUUAGGUUGCAAGAUCCAACAUGGGUGGAGAGAGGGCAAUGACCCUGUUACCCAAUGGAAGGGGACUGUCCUGGAUCAGGUGCCUAAAAAUCCUUCCCUGUAUCUUAUAAAGUACGAUAGAUUUGACUGUCCUUAUGGACUAGAACUUAAUAAGGAUGAAAGUGUUUCUGCACUGGAAGUCCUCCCUGAUAGAGUUGCAAAAUCUCGGAUCAGGGAUGCACACUUGCACAUGAUGAUUGGCAAAGCAGUGGAGGGCAUGUUUAAGACAGAGGACGGCUCUAAAGAUGAGUGGAGGGGGAUGGUCAUGACACGGGCUCCUGUCAUGAACACAUGGUUUUACACCACCUAUGAGAAAGACCCUGUCUUGUACAUGUACCAGCUCCUCGAUGACUACAAAGAAGGCGACCUCCGCAUCAUUCCUGAUUCCAAUGAUUCACCUCUAGCAGAAAGGGAGCCAGGAGAAGUUUUGGACAGCCUGGUAGACAAGCAAGUGGAAUAUGUCAAAGAAGAUGCCUCGAAAAGGACUGGCAUGGUCAUCCACCAAGUAGAAGCCAAGCCCUCUGUCUAUUUCAUCAAGCUUGAUGACGACUUCCAUAUUCACAUCUAUGAUUUGGUGAAAACAUCCUAG